CAGUAAAGCAAACUUGUUUAAAAUAUUUGCUUCUACCAGAUGUGCUGCAUGAAAUGGAAUAGCAUGUGUAAAACUUCUCCUGCCAAGAUGAAGUGGUUGUCAUGCUCUAGGCUGGUUUGACAAAUGGUAACCUCUCGUGGAACUAUGCUGCAUGACCAAAUUAUGCGAGAUUUUAGUUCUGGUUUAACCAAAAUGAUUAAAAUGGCCAUUAUCUUUGGUUUAUCUUUGAUCCAGUGAAUGAUGCUUUGUUUACCUUGUUCUUCUAAUCAGAGAUUGGAAAGGUUUAUCAGCACUGGUUUUUCAGAUAGUGAAAUAAAAUAGUGGAAUUGAUUAACAUUGAAUUGGAGUGUUAUUCAAUGUUGUGUGAAUAACCCUUUCUCCCACCAUUAACAUGUAUUUUGAUUCAUUCUAGCAGAGAGAUGGAUGUGUGCUUGUGGAUGUGUGCUUGUGGAUGUGUGCUUGUGGAUGUGUGCUUGUGGAUGUGGGCUUGUGGAUGUGGGCUUGAUUGUGCAUCAGCUGAUUUCCUUUGAUGAAAACAGAAGGGCUUGUCAAUAAUCCUCUUGAAUAAUAACACUACUAAAAGAUGAACGUUAUGAGUUUGAAUGUAGAUCACUAAAUACUGUUCAAGUUAGUGUCCUAAAUAUAUGAAACAGGAAGUGUGUUUUAUGCGGCUAUACUACUGACACAAGCACAGCGAUAUACACACUUCCUCCAUUUUUGGUGGUCCAAGCCUGUUCAACGACCUCUCUUCGAAUAUCCAAAGCAUUUCUUGCUUCCUGCGUCUCAGUAUACCAGACAAAAACAUCUCAAACGACAGUGUCUCCCUGCUUUACCGUUUUUCUCUAGCUAGUCCAUCAUAAAUUAACAGGUACGGUUUCUAAUGCCAAUAGGACAAAUAAUUCCUAAUAUUAGUAGGGCCAGGAUGAUACCAGUAUUGCGAUACUCGUUAGUGUCGUGGCAAGGAAACAAAUCACAAAGCUGAUUUUAACUUCUUCAGGAAAACAGCCCUAAGGUUGGAAACUAACAUCAUUAUGGUGUCAUCCAGAGUCACAUAAAACAUUUCCCCCAAGCUAUAGCGCACAAUAUUUUACAUACAGCAGGUUUUUAAAGGACCAAAGAGGUUGGUCUGCUUUUGUUUUCAUUUUUUGCCAAGGAUAACAUAUUACUGGCAUUGUCACAACCCUAAUUUUUAGGGAAAUGUCUGCCCUGAAUCUAGGUCAUCCUCUCCUCCAUCCCUUUCACUCGGUCACAUUUUAAAUAUCUAGAGAGCCGGAGAGCUUGACUUGAGAGCUAGAUUCACCCGGGGGUCCCAUGAGUCGCUCUCUUACACUCCCUUAUGUUUUUGGACAGCAAUGCUUUUUUCUGUUUUUGUACAUUUGUCUCUACUCCAGCAUUUUGGAUGUUGAGGGCAUUUUCAUACAUAUCUGAUCUCCCAAGCUAUCUGACCUCACAAGCUUGAUGUCAUUGUGUGCAAGGAAUACUGACCAAAUACUAAACUUUUGACUACUUUAAUACUGUGACAUUUGUUACGUCUUCAAAUGGGGGGGACUAGAUCUAUAAAGAGCUUUCAUUUCUAAACAGUAAAUCCGAUGUGUAUAAAAAUACCCUCAAAUAAAAGGUGAUUCUAUACUGUCACCUCAUAUGAAACAUUUGAUCUCAAAUCCAACAUGCUGGAAUAUAGAGCCAAAUUAAAAAUGUUAGCAUCACUAUCCACACACGUGUAUGUAGUGGAGUGUAAUUCAGAAACAAAUAUUUCUCUACACAUAACAUUGGAUGAAAGGUGACAUGGCCUCUGCAUCUCCAUUGAAAUUGCUGGCCAUGCCUUUUGCAAGAGAUUCCAUGCAGAAAGUUGCCUGCUUGAACAGACUGCAAAUUACUCUGGCCAGCCUCUGUUAGAUCUGACCCUACCCUAGAGUGUGUUUUUCACUAUUCUCUCCAGGUUGUUGGCAAUCCUUCUUAGUUUUUUUGACAGAGCUCAAACCAUUUGGCUGGAUUAUUGAUGUAGUCAUGCGCCUGAUGUCCCUCGUUGUAGGGAUGUGACAACAACAACAAAAAAUGUGAAGAUUCCAUGUGAAUUCAAAAUGCAGCUUUGCUGCUGCUAGCAACUGUUUGGAUCUCAUGGUGUGUUCCUUUCAGAUGGUUAAGCAUGGCACCUGUACUACCUCGAGGGGUUACAUUUGGACGGCACAUUUUUGGUUGAAUCCAUUCAGUUGUGCAACCCCACUUGGUAUCCCCAACUAUUAACAAUGAUGGCGUAGUGGUGGAGAAUUGACUCAAAAAUAAUUGAUUCCUUGUUUCCUUGCACGUGAACGCCUAUUUCUGAGUGUCAAGCAGAAUCAACUCUUUUAAGAUUCAGUAUUUUUGGAACAGAUGAGACUUAAAAAUUUUUUUUUAUGCACUUUCAACAAUGCAAACAUUUGCAUUUUGGUCAUUUAGCAGACACACUGAUACAGAGUGACUUACUGGAGGGUUAAGUGGCCUGUACACGGGCACAUCAACAUUUUUUUAUUUUUACCUAAUCUGCUCAGGAAUUCGAACCAGUGACCUUUCAGUUACUGGCCCAAUGCUCUUCACUGCUAGGUGGAGAGAGAGGAGAGGGGUACCGUAUAGGCAGGUCGGACACCAGGCAGACAAGUCAGAACCGUGCACUAGGCUUAUCUAUUGGCAAUCAAAUGCUGUAUCUCGCAAUUUCUUGGCUUGCAAUGUCUCGCAACUUCGGUAAAGCAGGGCCUAUCAUCAAUGAAUAGUCUAGGGUAGUCUAUAUACAACAGACCGAAGACUAAACACACAUAUAUGUCUUGGGAAUCUCUUGCAUGCCAAAUUCACCAAAAUCGACUCAAGUUUGCCUCUUUCUCUCUGGUUUUAUUUAAAUUGCGCAACGUUCCCCAUGUCUUUAGCCGAUACAAUGGAAAAUGUUUUGUGAUAACUACACUGCAAUUUUUAUUGGACAUUUUUUUCCCUUAACAUUAAUGAUCCCAAUUUGGUUUAAACUUUCACACCCCUACGUCGUUCCCUCCUAUUAAUACAUAUUGUGACUGCGUUCAACUAAAUAUGACUGAGUCACUGAACAUAAUUUCAGUCCUCUUUAUCAACAGUAAUCUCAAGCUUUUGCAAUAGCUAGCACUUUUCCACCAGUUGGGCUACUCCCUGCAAUGGGUUGUCUGAAGUGGUAGGAUUUAUCUGUGGCCCGUUCCCAUCUCAAAGUCAGAUGUAUCUCUCUCACUGAACAGAUUAUUAGAACAUAGCACAUCUAAACUCUAGGCUUCCUCUAGGUUUCCCUACAGCUCGCCUUGCCUGCAUGGGACAGAGAAAAGACACAAACUCCCCAGCGUGUCCACCGGUCAAGCACGGACUCCUGCUUUAUUUUGCCCUUACCCCUCCUACAGUAUCAAGGUUCCUCUACAUCCAGGGAUUUUGUCUGCCCACCCUCUAUAGGUUCUAGGUCUCGGGAUUUGGUCCGCCCCCCUCCUAUAGGUUCUAGGUAUCGGGAUUUGGUCCGCCCCCCUCUUAUAGGUUCUAGGUAUCGGGAUUUGGUCUGCCCCCCUCCUAUAGGUUCUAGGUAUCGGGAUUUGGUCUGCCCCCCUCCUAUAGGUUCUAGGUAUCGGGAUUUGGUCCGCCCCCCUCCUAUAGGUUCUAGGUAUCGGGAUUUGGUCCGCCCCCCUCCUAUAGGUUCUAGGUAUCGGGAUUUCUUAUUUUAUUGAUUAAACCUUUUCACAUUUUAGCAAGAGGGGCCAAACAGUCCUCUACCUUCAGCACCACCUGUGGGUUAAAAAUAAAGUCUGUUUUAGUUAGCUAUAUAGCCUAUUUUUUGGGGGGGGGUUUAGUUUUUGUAUUUUUAUAAACCAUUUUUUGAUUUUUCCCUCUGCAGACCAUCGUGAUUCAAAACAUCUACCGUAACCCCCAAAACAGUGCGCAGACGGCAGACGGCUCCCACUGUAAGUGCCUCCGGUCCAGUCCUCUCAGCCCACCAGGUCAUUCUAGCUCUCUCCCCCUCCUCAGAUUUUAGGUCUGCGUCUCCACUGGCUUCCUGCAGGGCUUCGGAGGGUCUGUCUCAGCACUGGUAGCAGGGGGUACCACAACACUACCUCAACACUUUAGUAUAUCGCCAAUCUAAUCAAUUUUUUUUAAAUAUAUUUUUUAAUCAGUUGCCAUUCAGAGGUCUAUGCCUAGGUGUAGAAUGACAUGCUCUGAUAGUGACAUUGAAAAGGACUAAAACAAAUGAUGCCUUGAUCCCCACAAUUCACAUUGGAUCUUUAAAGUUAUUAUCCACAGGAAAUCUCCACAUAGUACCUGUUUUCUAACAGGUAUAAUGCACAGAUGACAGACUUUAGGUAUUUUUCAGGCGCUUUCAGAGAAGACUGACAAUACACCUGCCCUAGUGCCCAACAUGCGUUUGUGAAUAGCUAGGUAUCCAUUCAAUUGGCAACAUUUUAUGGGAAUAUUCGAAAAUCUGCCUAAAAUUAUGUGCACAUUUUCCCCCAUGAGAUAUUUUUCUGUUGCAGAUAAAAGGCUGUGCGUGAUGAGUGAACAUAAAAAAAACAGUUUGCUGUUUAAUUGGUUUCCAUUGCAUUUUCAACUCUACUGAUGGUUUUCUCACGAGAACGUGGGUUAUCGCCAGUGUGCCCACUCUGGUAUUGGCACGUUCUCUCUAGCAGCGCUAUCUGCUAUCUGUUGGCUAGAGUGCGUGUAUAGCCUACAUGAUUACAUUUAUUAUUAUUAUGGACAAAAGAGCGAGAUUAUUUUUGUCCGAGGGCAGCCGAGUAUCGAUAAUCAUGUCACCAGAACAAGACCCUCAAUAUUUAUUGGAAAGGAGCAUCAAGCUCAUCACCUUGCACUUUUACCCCCCUGUGAAGUUCAUCGUAACUUUCAUCUGUAGUCUAAUAAACUGCAUGCCGACGAGUCAUAGUGGGAGGAACACAUGUCAUAUAUCAAUAUUUGCGCUUAAAAGCGUUUCCACCAACAUUUCUCGCAUUAAUUUUACCAACUCAAAAAGAUCCCACCUUGUCUAGCGUAUUUUGUUUUGUCGACAUUUGGAAAGUUGAAUGAAAAAUGUUUCCAUCAGGCCUGUCAUGGCUUCUUUUCAUCCGAAAUGUUUCUACUCGCAUUAAAAGGUUGGAGACAGCAAACACAUCUACAUGAGUUACUGUCUAGACACAGAACAGUUUGUGAUUUUAGUUUUUGCUCUUGCAAUACUGCCGCCCCUAUAUGUUAGACUGAUUCAGACGUCAUCAGCCAUAUUGUAAAUGUGUAAAUGGUACCCUGAUGUUGAGCCCCGGCUAGCAGAGCUGAUGCAUUGCCACUCGCUUCCUCUAAGGUAAGUCGUGGGUUUGUGGUCUUGUUGCUGUCACGUGUAACUGUUCUGUUUCUCAGCUGAGAAACUCAGAAUGACUGGCAAAAAGUUACUUUUAAAAAUGUAUUAAAAGGAAGAAAUGAUAACUAGUAAUAGAAACAUCUUGGCAUCCAAUCGCCUAUGAUUCAGCAAGUUCUAGAGGUCACUUCAAGCCUCAAUGACCUGGUAUGUAAUGUUUGGGUAGGCUAAAUUUUCGGUUGUAUUGGAUUUUCCACCAUCAUUUUCCAUAGUCAAAUAUUGUCAUGCUGAGACUUUCACUUCUUCCAGCUCCAUCUCUUUCAGCGUGGACCAGUCCCAUGGAUCAUCUUAACCUCUUUCAGUCUUCCCUUCCUACCCUGUUCUGGGCCUGGUUGGGGCACAAGUACACAGUUUUGAGGGAGGGGGAUGGGAGUAAAUGCACCUAUUUAACUACCAUUUUAGAAAUCUGCCUGAAACUAUCUCAAAAAUGUACAUUUUGUAUUUCAGACCAUUGCCCUCUUGAACAUUUACCGUAACCCUCAAAACACUGCCCAGUCUGCCGAUGGUUUGCGCUGUGCCGUCAGUGACGUGGAGAUGCAGGAGCACUAUGACGAGUUCUUUGAGGAGGUCUUCACAGAGAUGGAGGAGAAGUAUGGAGAGGUGGAGGAGAUGAACGUGUGCGAUAACCUGGGAGACCAUCUGGUUGGAAACGUAUAUGUGAAGUUCCGUCGUGAAGAAGACGCGGAGAAGGCAGUGAUGGAUCUGAAUAACCGCUGGUUCAACGGUCAGCCCAUCCACGCCGAGCUCUCUCCCGUUACCGACUUCAGAGAAGCCUGCUGUCGCCAGUACGAGAUGGGGGAGUGCACUCGAGGAGGCUUCUGUAACUUCAUGCACCUGAAGCCCAUCUCUAGGGAGCUGAGGAGGGAGCUAUACGGACGCCGCAGGAAGAGGGGAGGGGGGCAUCAUUCUCGCUCCCGUUCCAGGGAACGUCGUUCGCGCUCAAGGGACAGGGGAAGGGGAGGUGGAGGUGGUGGAGGUGGACGUGACCGCGAGAGAAGGCGCUCCAGAGACCGAGAACGCUCUGGAAGAUUCUAAACCGAGCAUCUACCAAACAGCCAUCCCUCCCUUCUCCAUUAUCCCUCUUCAUCCAUCCCCAAAUCCCUCUAUCCUUGCCUCCAUUGCAGCCUAUCAAUUCACCCUUGGCCUUUUCAAUUCACCCUUGGCCCUUUCAUAUAAUUGCGUCCCAAUGACAAAUUAAUUGGAAGAUGUUGGACAUGUUUUUUUGUUUGUUUUUUUUCUUCCAAGAAAUGGAAAGCUUUUCUUUUCAAUAAAAAAAAACUAUGAUUUGUACAAAUUUAUUCAAAAUAGUUACUCUGGAAAACAAAAAGUAAUGUUUUUAUAGUGAACAGCUAUGAGUAACUGUUACUUUUGCCUUGAGUCAUCAUACUCUAGACUGGGCUUACUGUAAGUGAGGGAAUUUAAAUACUUCCCAUAGACUCCUCCCUGAUUCCCAGUAACUUGACUCCCUCAGCUAAUUUCUCACACAGAACAUGCUCAGCUGUGAACUGAGUGUUCACUUGGCUCAAAAAGACAGUUGCCAUAGAUAUGAAGCAUCUCCUAAACCAUAACCAUAUCAUACCUCUUUUUUUCCAGUUUCCCAUGCCGACAUUUGCCUGUUUGGAUUAUGUCUACAAGUACAUAUUAUUGACUGUGUUGACCUAUAAUUUUGGAUAAAUUGACUUGGCUAGAGAGGGAGGAGUCAAGGCCAUAGUGUGGUUGAAGUAACACAUUUAAUACAGAAUUCUUCUGGGUACUUACAUUCAAUAUGAGAAUGACAAGAGUGUGCAAAGCUGUCAAGGCAAAGGGUGUUUACUUUGAAGAAUCUAAAAUAUAUUUUGAUUUGUUUAAUACUUUUUUGGUUACUACAUGAUUCCAUAUGUGUUAUUUCAAUGUUUUGAUGUCUUCACUAUUAUACUACAAUGUAGAAAAUAGUAAAAAUAAAGGAAACCCCUUGAAUGAG